AUGGGAAGACUCUUUUUAGUUGAAUACGAUCAAAUCCCUUCUCAUGAGUACAUCCAUUGUGGUAUGUGCGGAACUCGAGUUGCAUUCGUUGAGGAUCGCUUUGCUACUUUUAAUGUUGAAGUACCGGAGAACGAGAUAUAUCAUCAACAAGAACAUGGCCCUACCCUAGCCGAUACUUACUGCAUCAAAUGCGGAAACCUGCUCGGGUGGAAACUUAUUGCAGUCCCCCAACCGAACAAGUAUAUUAAAGAAGGAAGAUUCGUGAUGAAAUUGGACCAGCUUAAUUUUCUUCCUGGAGGUGCUAAUCAACAGGCUCCUCAUAAUCAAGAUGGAGGAGCUAAUCAACAGAGUCCUAAUAAUCAAGACGGAAACGCUAAUGAGCAAAAUGCUAAUCAACAUGGAGACGCAAUUGAACUGGAGGAUGAUGAAGAUGGAGACGCGCCAAUGAACUGA